AUGAGCAAUGAGAAAGGCUGUGACAACGGGAUUUGUUUUACGAGUCCAGAAGACGCGAUCAAAGCGCCGAGAGAAAGGGUGCUGAUUAUUAAUUGUGUGAACACUGCGGAAGAAAGAAAACCAGACGCGUUAAUUACCGUCGAUGUAGAUCCGGGGAGCCAGAGCUAUGGAAAGGUACGUAAGCAAAGUUUACAGUACGAACGUUGGGGAACAUACAGCCAAAAUACUGCCAAGAUUUGAUCUUUUUUAUUCAGAAUACAUCAUAAAGUCGAGUGUGCAAUGUUACGGAACAAAAAGUGAUUUUUCCCCGGCCAAAAUUUGCUUAAACUAUGAUAAAAUAAAGACAUUAUGUUCUGUAGAUUCUUUGCAAGCUCGAUAUGCCCAACGUCGGCGACGAGCUUCAUCAUUCUGGCUGGAAUGCCUGCGCUGGAUGCAGGGAUGACGAUUCCGCUCGCAGAUCACACCUGGUUCUACCUUGCCUUCAUUCUUCUCGAGUUUAUAUUAUUGAUACUCGUGAUCCACAGGCUCUGAAGAUUCAUAAGGUAAAAUACGUUAUGAAUUAAGGUUUGCUUUGCUAUAGCGAAAUGUAAUUCUUACGCUUUCCAGAUAAUUGAGCCCAAAGAAUUUGAGAAAUUGAAUGCCACGGCUUUUCACACUCCUCAUUGCACCCCCGAAGGAGAAGUUGUUAUUGGCGCCUUGGGGGAUAAUGACGGCAACAAUAAAGGUAAAAUACGGUCACCUUUUUUGGGUGUAGCAUCUACUUCAGGGGAUCUAAUCGUUUUGGACAGUAAAACGUUUGAAGUAAAGGGAAAUUGGCCCAGCACAGGGAUGCUCCCAAAAUUUCAUUAUGAUUUUUGGUACCAACCGAGACAUAAUGUGCUGUUAUCAUCGGAAUGGGCAGCUCCCAAAACUUUCAAAAAUGGGUUCAGCAUGAUGGAUGUUCUUCAGGGUAAGGAGGCGACAGCUGUAUAUCUCAAUUGUUACUACAAAAAAUCAACUUAAAUCUAUAGUAUUUAGGGUAAAUUAAGAUUAUUUGGAAAAGAGUGUUUUUACUCCGUAAAAAAGUGUUGUUGUUCUGUAUAGUCAUAACUAGUUGUAUAUUUUAGGCAAAUAUGGAAAGAACAUCCAUUUAUGGGACUACAACAGACGGCAAAUUAUGCAAACGCUAGAACUUGACAACGUCACUGGCCAACUCCCAUUUGAAGUGCGAUUCAAACAUAACCCGGACGAACCACAUGCCUUUAUUGGCACUGCCUUAGGCUCGUCUUUAAUCCAUGUAUACAAAGACAAUGUAAAUUUUUUAAUUGUGUUUCUUAUUUUAUUUACUUUAGUUCCAAGACCCAUGGAAACAUGAAGUUUCAAUUACAAUUCCGCCAAAAGUUGUGGCCAGUUGGACCUUGCCAACCCUCCCAGCGAUGAUAACGGAUAUUUUGAUCUCAAUGGAUGACAAAUAUCUGUAUGCUUCUUGUUGGUUCUUCGGCGAAGUUCGUCAAUAUAAUAUCGAAGAUCCUUACAAUAUCAAGUUGACUGGAAGAAUUUCUACUGGAGGAAUGAUCAGCAAGGAUUACGGACUCGCAGUGUUGUAUGAUCCGGAGGGGCACGUAAGUCAUUUUUUGGAUCUUACAUUAGUCCGUUAGACAGGUCAUCCUUACAAAAUUCGAAGUAUACUAGUCGCGGAAAAAAGUCCUGGGAAUUUCUCGCGCCCCCCAAAUUCCGUCGCGCACCGAAAAGUUGAUUUGUCGCGGGAAUCGCGCGCGACAAUAAGGCAAAAUCAACAAAAUUGCACUGUGCAAAAGCACUUUUCGGGUUCAUGCACAGUGCAGAGUCGCAGAAAAUUCCCAGGACUUUUUUCCGCGACUAGUAUCUUACAAAUCUUUUGACAUAUAUGUAUUUUAUAACACUUUUUGGGCACUACAAAAAACCCCAUAAGAGCUCCAAAAAAUCUGUUUUUUUACUCUUUAGGACACAGUUCCACAACUCGAAAUCAAGGGCGUCAAGUUCCAAGGUGGCCCACAAAUGAUCCAACUGAGCCUUGACGGACGCCGUCUUUACAUUACAAAUUCUUUGUACUCGGUUUGGGACAAGCAGUUCUAUCCGGAUAUGUCGAAGUAAGAAACUUGUUGCAUAAUGGACAUUUGUUAUAAUCAGAUUUCUCUCUUAUUCUUAUCUCUAUGAUCUUCAGAAAAGGCGGCCAACUUAUCAAAGCCGACAUUGACAUUGAACAUGGCGGGAUGAAGAUUGAUCCCAAAUUUAUUGUCGACUUUGGCUCUCUUGAAGACGGGCCAUAUGGUCCUCAUGAUAUGAGGUACCCUGGAGGCGACUGUACCUCUGAUAUUUUUGUGUAA